AUGGCCAAAGGUAAAGAUGCUAGAGUAAGAGUUAUUUUGGAAUGUACCAGUUGUACUCGAAAUGGUGCUAAUGCUAAGAAGGAAUCACCGGGCAUUUCCAGAUAUAUUACUGAAAAGAAUCGACACAAUACACCUAGUCGAUUGGAAUUGAAGAAAUUCUGUCCUUAUUGUUCGAAGCAUAUGAUUCACGCGGAGAUAAAGAAAUAG